UGAAAAAGGAACCACGCGUCAUGAGAAACAUCUUGCUGAUUCAGAGUAAAGAAUGGUGUAAUUUGACUGAAAAUCUGUUAUUCUGUCACAUUCCAGGUUUGCAAAACUUGUGUUAGUAUAGUUAAGGAUAACCAAUAUGCCUGGAAGUGUUCAAUGCAAAGUUCCCUGUGUGUUUAAGACAAGGGUGAUAGAAGAGAAAUCUAACAAGAGACAGUACCAGCAAUAUAAUGUGGUUGCAUCAAAUGAGCUCCAAGAUUCCGCGAUAGAAGACAGCAUUGAAGAGGCGACACCCACUGAGAAAUUAGAUGGAACAUGUGUUUAUGUACAUGAAUACAAGGGGCGUCCAUGGCUAUGGGCACGACUUGACAGAAAACCCACUAAGCAAGCAGAUAAACACUUCAAAAGAUAUCAAGCUGCAAAGAGGGCGUGGAUGUUAAAUGGAAUGUCUGGAGAAGAACCGAUGUGGAACUGGAAUGCCGAUAAAGAUUUCAGAACUGCACGUGAUAGCUGGAUUCCAGCCAAGGGAGUGCCAAUAAUCAAUGGAACUGCACAACCUGAUCUAUAUGGACAUAUACCAGGUUGGCUUCCUGUUGAAAGCAAGGACAGACAGUAUUGCUGGCACAGCAGCACUUUUGAUGUUAACUAUGGAAUUGCUGUGGUUUUAAAAUCCAGUAACGAUGGCAACCAGUAUAGCAUGGAAGUAACAAUAGUUGAGCUGUCUGAAUUACUGGAGCAGACCUUAGAAUUGAUUGGAACCAAUAUUAAUGGCAACCCAUAUGGUUUGGGAUGCAAACGUAAUCCAAUUCAUGUGCUUGUUCCACAUGGUGUUAUUCAGUUUCCAUCAUCAAUACCAAUCAGUUAUGAUGAAUUAAAGUUAUGGUUUGAAUCUUCAGAUGAAGGCAAAGUAGAAGGAAUUGUUUGGCACUGUAAAAAUCAACAAUUAUACAAGCUUCACAGACAUCAUUUUGGUUUGCCAUGGCCCAUAGAGGAUGUUUAUUUCACAUCAAGACCAGUUGCAAUCAACAUGGAUCUUUCACGUUAUGAAUGUGACUUUGACUCAACUUCAAUGUUCUCAGUUCUGAGUCAGUUUAAUGGACAGCGUUUUGAACAGUUGAGAAAUGUACCACAGGACACCCAGACAGGAAGUUGAUAAAUGGUGGAUGGUCAUCAGAACUCUUCAUAUGUCAUCCAGGGAUCUCGCAACGCUGGUUGGAGGUGGUCGACUCGACCGGCACUCAAAAUUAGCGACCACCAUGGAAAUGCUUCUGACCAAGACUAUUGUCCGAUUGUUAUUAGAAUUAUGUACCUACAGACAUGCAUCCUG